CCAUCCCAUCCCGUCCCGUCCCGUCCCCGCCAUGCGGCGCGGCCCGGCGGUGCGGCUGCUGUUUCUGGGCGCGGUGCCGUACGCGGAGGCGCUGCGGGUGCAGGAGCGCUGCGUGGCGGCGGCGCGGGCGGCGCGGGGCCCGGGGGCGCUGCCGGGGCCGGGGCCGGCCCGGGGCGGCCCGGAGGCGCUGCCGGCCGAGAGCGUGGUGCUGAGCGAGCCGUCGCGGCCCGUGUACGCCUGGGGCUUGCGCGGCGCUCCGGGCGCGGCGGCGGCCGCGGCGCUGCGGGCGCGGGGCGCGGCGCUGGUGGCGGCGCGGCGCGGCGGCCACAUCACCUUCCACGGCCCCGGGCAGCUGCUCGCCUUCCCCGUGCUGGACCUGCGGCGCCGCCGCCUGCCGCUCCGCGCCUACGUGGCCGCGCUGGAGGCGCUGGUGGUGCGGCUGUGCCGCCGCCUGGGGCUGGGCUCGGCCCGCGCCCUCCCGCCGCCCUUCACCGGGGUCUGGAUGGGCGACAGCAAGCUCUGCGCCAUCGGCCACCCAGGUGCUGGUGCUGACGGCGGUGCUCUCGCCCUGCAGGUGUGCACUGCAGGAACCACAUCACGUCGCACGGGCUGGCGCUGAACUGCUGCACCGACCUCAGCUGGUUCGAGCACAUCGUCCCCUGCGGGCUGGAGGGGAAGGGGGUCACCUCGCUGAGCCACCAGCUGGGCCAGCACGUCACUGUCAGCCACGUCCUCCAGCCCUUCCUCGACUCCUUCCAGGAGGUGUUUGACUGCACCUUGGUCUCUUCAGAAGACCCCAGGGAUUAGGAUUGCAGGGGUGCCUCGGACGGGUGUUUUGGCAAAGCCGUGGAGUCAGGGCAGCGCUGGGUCUCUGUGGUGAGACCAUUCUCGUGCCUUUGCCUGUAGACUGUGAGGGGACAGUGGCACAGGGCUUCAGGCUGCUGCUUGAACACCCAGACCUCCACUGGGGCUGUUCUCUCCAGCCCAGUGAGUCUCCAUCCUUUGGCUGAGACCUCCGUGGGUACCACAUCCCCAAACUACUUGCUGGGGAAGUACCCAAACAAGUGCUUUUGUGGGUUUUUUCUGCUUUUUGCCCCGCAAAAAUUAGUGAUUUGUGUGAGUGCUGAUGAAUUCGUCUGAAUUCAUGUGGGUUGAGCAUCCUUCCCUUGCUGAAGGGUAAAAAGAGGCAGAUUUUAUAUAUAAAGAGAGUUGCUGGGAACUUUG